GUGGGCAUCCUGAACCGUCUUAGUGCGGAGAACGCCGAUGAGUUUAACUUUGUGCGUUCCUACGAGUGUUUCCAACACAAGGGCCACACCUGCCUGGUGUUUGAGAUGCUGGAGCAGAACCUGUAUGACUUCCUGAAGCACAGCAAGUUCAGCCCCCUCCCACUACGACACAUACGACCCAUACUGCAACAGGUGACAAUACAACACUUUACAACUUUAUUGAUACAGAGACAAUAUGUGGUGUAUUUACCUGGUGCUCAUUCUGAAUGUGUAAUUUAUUACAUGUUUACCUGUUACCUCACCAUACAUUUUACUCAAAAGAACUCUCCAAAACAAUACAAUUGCGUGGUGCCGUACUUGUGCUUUGUGUCAGCCUUAAUGUGUGUUUGUGUCUUUAAAUUGUAAUUAAAGUCCUAGUAAAAUGUUUAUUCAGAGGAGUGUUAACCCUUCAGUGUUCAUAGCUGGCACACAGCUUUUUAACCCUUCAGUGUUACCUCUAUUUCCCCACCAGGUGGCGACGGCGCUGAUGAAGUUGAAGUCUCUGGGUCUGAUCCAUGCUGACCUUAAGCCAGAGAACAUCAUGCUGGUGGAUCCUCUCAGACAGCCCUACAGGGUCAAGGUCAUCGACUUCGGUUCAGCUUCUCACGUCUCCAAGGCUGUCUGCUCAACGUACCUGCAGUCACGAUACUACAGGUAGAUACCUGUUUUUACACCUCAUAUUGGGGUUUUCUUUGCACGUGUGUGUGUGUGUGUGUGUGUGUGUAUGAGUGAUACAACAUGUUUGCAUCUGUGAGUAAUAACUGGUACAGGUAUAUCUAGUUUUAGAACUCCAGUCAAAAGUUUUAGAACACCUACUCAUUCAAGGGUUUUUCUUUAUUUUUACUAUUUUCUACAUUGUAGAAUAAUAGUGAAGACAUCAAAACUAUGAAAUAACACAUGGAAUCAUGUAGUAACCAAAAAAAGUGUUAAACAAAUAAAUAUAUUUUAUAUUUGAGAUUCUUCAAAUAGCCACCCUUUGCCUUGAUGACAGCUUUUUCAGUCUUCCAGAGAUUUGAGACUGGGAUGGAGGUUCGCCUUCCAGUAGGACAAUGACCCUAAGCAUACUGCUAAAGCAACACUCGAGUGGUUUAAGGGGAAACAUUAAAAUGUCUUGGAAUGACCUAGUCAAAGCCCAGACCUCAAUCCAAUUGAGAAUCUGUGGUAUGACUUAAAGAUUACUGUACACCAGCGGAACCCAUCCAACUUGAAGGAGCUGGAGCAGUUUUGCCUUGAAGAAUGGGCAAAUAUCCCAGUGGCUAGAUGUGCCAAGCUUAUAGAGACAUACCCCAAGAGACUUGCAGCUGUAAUUACUGCAAAAGGUGGCUCUACAAAGUAUUGACUUUGGGGGGGUGAAUAGUUAUGCACGCUCAAGUUCUGUUUUUUUGUCUUAUUUCUUGUUUGUUUCACCCCAAAAAAUAUUUUACAUCUUCAAAGUGGUAGGCAUGUUGUGUAAAUCAAAUGAUACAAACCCCACAAAAAUCAAUUUUAAUUCCAGGCUGUAAGGCAACAAAAUAGGAAAAAUGCCAAGGGGUGGUGAAUACUUCCGCAAGCCACUGUAAGUAUUCAGACCCUUUACUCAGUACUUUGUUGAAGCACCUUUGGCAGCGAUUACAGCCUCGAGUCUUCUUGGGUAUGACGCAACAAGCUUGGCACACCUGUAUUUGGGGAGUUUCUCACAUUCCUCUCUGCAGAUCCUCUCAAGCUCUGUCAGGUUGGAUGGGGAGUGUCGCUGCACAGCUAUUUUCAGGUCUCUAGAGAUGUUUGAUCGGGUUCAAGUCUGGGCUCUGGCUGGGCCACUCAAGGACAUUCAGAGACUUGUCCCGAAGCCACUCCUGCAUUGUCUUGGCUGUGUGCUUAGGGUCGUUGUCCUAUUGGAAGGUGAACCUUCGCCCCAGUCUGAGGUCCUGAGCGCUCUGGAGCAGGUUUUCAUCAAGGAUCUCUCUGUACUUUGCUCCGUUCGUCUUUGCCUUGAUCUUGACUAGUCUCCCAGUCCCUGCAGCUGAAAAACAUCCCCACAGCAUGAUGCUGCCACCACCAUGCUUCACCGUAGGGAUGGUGCCAGGUUUCCUCCAGACGUGACGCUUGGCGUUCAGGCCAAAGAGUUCAAUCUUGGUUUCAUCAGACCAGAGAUUCUUGUUUCUCAUGGUCUGAGAGUCUUUAGGUGCCUUUUGGCAAACUCCAAGCGGGCUGUCGUGCCUUUCACUGAGGAGUGGCUUCCGUCUGGCCACUCUACCAUAAAGGCCUGAUUGGUGGAGUGCUGCAGAGAUGGUUGUCUUUCUGGAAGGUUCUCCCAUCUCCACAGAGGAACUCUGGAGCUCUGUCAGAGUGACCAUCAAGUUCUUGGUCAUCUCCCUGACCAAGGCCCUUCUCCUCCGAUUGCUCAGUUUGGCCGGGCGGCCAGCUCUAGGAAGAGUCUUGGUGUUUCCAAACUUCUUCCAUUUAAGAAUGAUGGAGGCCACUGUGUUCUUGGGGACCUUCAAUGCUGCAGAUAUUUUUUGGUAUCCUUCCCCAGAUCUGUGCCUCAACACAAUCCUGUCUUGAAGCUCUAUGAACAAUUCCUUCGACCUCAUGGCUUGGUUUUUGCUCUGACAUGCACUAUCAACUGUGGGACCUUAUAUAGACAGGUGUGUGCCUUUCCAAAUCAUGUCCAAUCAAUUGAAUUUACCACAGGUGGACUCCAAGUUGUAGAAACAUCUCAAGGAUGAUCAAUGGAAAAACAGCAGAACACUUUCCCAAUAUACUGCUUCAUACUAAGUGUGUGAGCAUGUUAUCUGUGUUGUUGUUAUGUUAUCUGUGUUGUUGUUGACAUGUUAUCUGUGUUGUUGUUGACAUGUUAUCUGUGUUGUUGUUGACAUGUUAUCUGUGUUGUUGUUGACAUGUUAUCUGUGUUGUUGUUGACAUGUUAUCUGUGUUGUUGUUGACGUGUUGUUCUCUCUUCAGGGCUCCAGAGAUCGUCCUGGGUCUGCCGUUCUGUGAGGCCAUAGACAUGUGGUCUCUGGGCUGCGUUAUAGCAGAGCUUUUCCUGGGGUGGCCUCUGUACCCCGGAGCCUCAGAAUACGACCAGGUAGGAACCACGCACACACACACACACACACACACACACACACACCGAGACACGCACACAUUAUUUUAUCUUAAACUGUUAUGAUGGAUUCCCUCCCUCCCUCUGCUAGAUCCGGUACAUUUCCCAGACCCAGGGCCUGCCUGCAGAGUACCUGCUGAGCGCCGGCACCAAGACUAGCCGCUUCUUCAAGAGAGGACCUGACUCCAGCUACCCCCUCUGGAGGAUCAAGGUAUAGACCCUUUACACCAGUACACGACACACUUGACGUCAACCACAGAUGUGCGCGACUAUUGGCGGCAGUGAGAAAGCCAUCAACAUCUAUUCGCCCAUUCAACAUAACUUAGAUUUACGUUUUUAUUACUUCUAAACAAAAUAACUUUUUUGGGGGGGUUCUCAUACGCUUACAAUGAUAUUUAGCUUGAACAGGUCGCUAAGAUUACAUUUGGUUGUGAUAAAUAACUAUUUAGGAUGCAGCAGUUGUUAGCUAGAAUGCUAUAUAUUUAUACUCCGGACUCCGACAUUGCUCGUCCUAAUAUUUAUAUAUUCCUUAAUUCCUUUCUUUUACUUUUACAUUUGUGUGUGUAUUGUUGUGAAUUGUUAGAUAUUAUUGCACUGUUGGCAUUUCGCUGGAUGAUCAAGGUAUUACAGUACACCUGACCCCAUCUAUCCCUCUGGAGGAUCAUGGUAUUACAGUACUGACUCAAUUUUUUCCCCUCUGGAGGAUCAAAGUAUUACAGUACUGACUAAAUCCCCCCCCCCUCUGGAGGAUCAAGGUAUUACAGUACUGACUCAAUUUAUCCCUCUGGAGGAUCAAGGUAUUACAGUACUGACUCAAUUUACCCCUUGACCCCCUCUGGAGGAUCAAAGUAUUACUCCUCUUGGCUCUGCUGUAACAAUCUGCUGACUUUAGUGAUUCAUUCUGGAUACGGUUGCUGAGUCCCAAAUGACACCCUAUUCCCUAUGUAGUGCACUACAGAGCCCUGGUCAAAGUAGGUGCACUAUGUAGGGAAUAGACUGCCAUUUGGGACCGCAUACCUAGUUGUUCCUGCCAGAACCAGCACAUGGAUCUCAGGGCACUGCUGUGAACAGGGCUUUUAGUUGGGUUUCUUGGGCAGAUACAAACUACAUUUUCCCUAGUGCAGUUAGUUAUUAGUGUUUUGGUGGUGACGACAAGGGUAACAGACAAGGGUAACAGACAAGGGUAACAGACAAGGGUAACAGACAAGGGUAACAGACAAAGGUAACAGACAAGGGUAACAGACAAGGGUAACAGACAAGGGUAACAGACAAAGGUAACAGACAAGGGUAACAGACAAGGGUAACAGACAAGGGUAACAGACAAGGGUAACCUUCCUGAUCUGUCUGUUCACUAGGCCCCUUCAGAGCACGAGGCUGAGAUGGGCAUCAAGUCAAAGGAGGCCCGUAAAUACAUCUUCAACUGUCUGGAUGACUUGAUGCAGGUAGGUACGCUAUAUGACUUCAUCUAGUAUGUCACAUUUACGAUCCAUCACGUUUACUUUUAUAAAGCCCUUUUUUACAUCCGCCAUUUUCUUUUCUUUUUUCUUAACCUUUAUUAGUGUUGUUGAGAUAAAAAAAAAAAAAAAAUGUUCACGGGAAACCUGAGGGGGUAUACUACAAAGCAGGUCUGAGGAGUUAGCGAGGUAACUUUGGUCAACUGAGUUCAACUCGGGAUAACCGGUACCACGAAAAUGGCUCAGCUUUUAGCCAGGUUAAAUUUCUAUGGCAAUGUAUCCUUCCAUUGGAAACAACAGCCUGUGAUCUAUCUUGGGUUUGUUAUAAAAAAGUAUUUGGUAGAGCAGGACGAUACGGACAACAAUCCAUAUUACCGCGAUAAAUUUACAAUUGUUUUUGCGAUUUGCGUUAAAUAAUUGUUUUGUGGUGCACAGUCACUCUCCAUUAGCACCCUUUUUUACACCAUGUCAAAGAAAUGUCCAUAAUAUAUUAUCCUAAGUUAUUUGGUUACCAGGUGAUGAGCAUAUGAUUUGUAAGACGCUAUGACGCUGUCUACAGAAAGAGACCUGUAUUUUAAACAUUCAUUUAGUGAUGCAUUUAUUUCAGAUUUUUAAAUGUAGUAGUAUUUCAAACCAUUUUUCCAAGUCCAUCAGUAAAUUGGUGUUUGGUCAUUGCAGUAUAUUAAUUACUCCAAACACAAUCGUAAUCUAGGCCUAUGACUUUUUGCUCAAUUUAUAUUUAACUGCAGAUGCAGGAACGCCCACAUGCAGGAACGCCCACACGCAGGAACGCCCCGAAUUGCGGGCUGCAGUUUCACACUAUUGUUAAUAAAUGCCGUGCUGCUCCGUAGGCUGGUAGUCUGAAUACUUAUGUAAAUGUGAUAUUUCAGUUUUGUAUUUUUAAAACAUUUGCAAAAAUGUCUAAACUUUUUUUUUGUUGCUUUGUCAUUAUGGGGUAUUGUGUGUUGAUCAAUUUGUGGACUUUCCGAAUGCACUGUAUGUGUUUUUGGUUGUUGAGUCAAUGAGAGUAGCCCAUUUCAAGCUUAUCUUAAAAAAAAAAAUAUAUAUAUAUAUAUAUAUAUAUAUUUCUGAACAUUUGGGCAGGUUAGCUGGCUAAUUCAUUGAUUCUGCUUUGCUGUAAACUCCUCUGCUCUCUCUCCCCAAAUCCUAAUUAACCCUCUCACCAGGCUCGAAUUUCACUCUCAUGAUAUUACCUUAUUUAGAAUAUCUGAACAGCAUUGGGAUAUUAGGUGAGAAGGACAUCUCCAAUAAGAAUCCCUAUCGUAAACUCGCUAGGGUGAAUGACAAAUAGGGUAUUAACUUAAGAUAGAAUGAUUAUAGACUUGGUUAUUAUUAUAAGGAUAUGCUUUCCCAUGCAUUAAAUUAAAACUGAAACAGUGAAUGACUCCACCAGUGCAACAGACAUAAGGUUCAAGAUCUAUAUUAUCACAUUUUCAAUGUACCACAUCAAAAGAAAGAAAAAAUAAAUAAUCCCCAAUUAUUUUUUUCACAACCCAUGUCCAAAUUACGUGCAAGCUUGCUUAAACCCUGGGCGUGCGCUGGAGCAACAACAAAAAAAUAACGACAUACAUAAAGUCCCGAAGUCCACCCCACAUUUGUAGUUACUCACUACUUGUAGAUAAUGCCUCAGCAAAGUAUAGCAGUUCCGUGCAGGUGUCCUCACAAGAUCCACAGCGAACACAGCUAUCAAUGCAGCCGGUACUCCGUAGCAGCAACAGACAUCCGUUGGAAACCCGAACUGAUCGUCACAAGCAAUUCUCUCCAAGUCUCGCACGAUGCUAGGCUAACCUCUAGGAUGUCGAAUGUCUCCACAAUGCGACGGCAGCUUCAGUCACCACUUGGUCUUUCUUAACUAAAUAAUAAACACUCUCUUAUAGAAAAUAAAAUCAGGAUUUUCCUUCAAAACUCUGUAGGUAUGGUUUUGUUAUCUCUUUAUCGUUUCCUUUAGUCGUUUGUCUUACAUUUACAUUUACGUCAUUUAGCAGACGCUCUUAUCCAGAGCGACUUACAUUAUUAAUUUAUUUAUUUAUUUAUUUAUUUUUUCAUACUGGCCCCCCAUGGGAAUCGAACCCACAACCCUGGCGUUGCAAACGCCAUGCUCUACCAACUGAGCUACCUCCCUGCCGGCCAUUCCCUCCCCUACCCUGGGCCAAUUGUGCGCCGCCCCAUUGGUCUCCCGGUUGCGGCCGGCUACAGCAGAGCCUGGAUUCGAACCAGGAUCUCUAGUGGCACAGCUAGCACUGCGAUGCAGUGCCUUAGACCACUGCGCCACUCGGGAGGUCUUCACCAACACCGAUAACGUCUCUCCUCUCUUUUCUUUCAACUUUUUCCCAGCAACCAGUCCACUCUCCCAUUGGCCACAACUUAACAAGCUACCUCAUUGGUCAAAACUUUAACAAGAUACGUGGGAAACUUAAACUUAAAAGUAAACCAACCGAUUCACUUGUACAUUAAAGAAAACAUUGCUUCAAAAGAAAUGCAUUAACGACAUUACAAAUCAGGAGCACAAUUCGAUCACCUUUUAAAUCUAAUACCAAUUAAUUAUAAGAAAUAAACUCUAUACUUGGUUUUAGCAAGGGUAUUACACUAAAUUUAACCAUUAGAUAAUCCUAAACUGACCGUAGAACUUUCUAGCGGCACGUUCAUCCAACCUGACCUUUUCCUGUUUCCUGUUGCAUCACUUCUUCCUGGUGCAGGUCAACCUGUCCUCUCACCUGGAGGGGUCGGACAUGCUGGCGGAGAAAGCUGAUAGGAGGGAGUUCAUCGACCUGCUGAAGCGGAUGCUCCGAUUGGAUGCUGACAAGAGGAUCACGCCCACUAAGACGCUGGGUCAUCCCUUCGUCACCAUGAGUCACCUGCUGGACUUCCCUCACAGCUCCCAGUACGUACACCUGUCUGUGAUGUGAACGAAUGUUCGGGUUGUGGGGAAGGGGGGGGGGGGGGGGGGGGGGUUCACGUUUGACUUUUCCCUCUGUGGAUGAAAUUUGAUUGGUUGAUCGAUUUGUUUCAAUAAUUGUAUUGAUCAAUAGAUUGAUUGUUUGUUUCUCCCCCUUGCAGUGUGAAGUCUUGCUUUCAGAACAUGGAGCUCUGUAAGCGUAGGAGCUCAUCGUUCGACAACAACAAAACUCUCUUCUCCACUAACAGUCUUCCCAGUGCAUCCGCCGGCAACCUCACUGUCACCUUCAGCAGCCAGCUCAACCAGGUACACACACACACACACACCAUGGGCAGGAUCUAUCAAACCAUGGGCAGGAUCUAUCAAACCAUAGGCAGGAUCUAUCAAACCAUGGGCAGGAUCUAUCAAACCAUAGGCAGGAUCUAUUAAACCAUGGGCAGGAUCUAUUAAACCAUGGGCAGGAUCUAUCAAACCAUGGGCAGGAUCUAUUAAACCAUGGGCAGGAUCUAUCAAACCAUGGUGAUUUAGGAUCAGAUGUUGCCUUUUUAGAUCGUAAUGAAUAGGACUAUAUCGACAAGUGGGACCUGACUACUCUGAGGCGCUUAAGGAUUAUGGGCCCAGAUCUAAGAACAAAAUGGCAGCACACACAGUUAGUUCCGGACACUGUUCCAACUUCCAUCUUGACUGACCAGUGUUCUAACUGUAAAUGAACGGAAACCAACAGGUCCCGUCAGCAGGGGGAGCUGUUCCUCUCCUGAACUACCAGCCAGCCCUUUACCAGCAGGCCACCAUCAACAUCCCUGGGCUGACCCAACAGAGUGUCCCCCUGCAGGCUCGCCCCACAGGCCUGGCCUGCCAGUCUGAGCCCUUCCAGCAGACCCUCAUCGUCUGCCCACCAAACACCAUACAGGGUAAGAGCCAAACACUAUUGGUGUCAUGUGGUCCUCUGUAGCUCAGCUGGUGUAGAGCACGGCGCUUGUAACGCCAAGGUAGUGGGUUCGAUCCCCGGGACCACCCAUACAUAAAAAAUGUAUGCACGCAUGACUGUAAGUCGGUUUGGAUAAAAGCGUCUGCUAAAUGGCAUAUUAUUAUUAUUAUUAUUAUUAUUAUUAUUAUUAUUAUGAUAUAGAGAUGACAGUGGGUUGAGUUCAUAAGGGCACUAAAGGGAAGGCCUGUCUGCGGGGGAGGUCCAAGUACUCCAACCCCUUUUUGAGUUGGUGUUCUUCUGUUUGGUCCCUUUUAGUGAUUUAGCAGACGCUCUUAUCCAAUGACGUACAGUUAGCGCAUUCAUCUUAAAAUAACAGUAUUUUUCUUCAAAGUAGCUAUCAUCAAAGUCAUAGCUAGUAAAGGGGGGUUAGUGUUAGUUCACUAAGGGCUUUUUAAAAAUGAUGAUUUGUUGUGGGAUUAUUUAAGAUAUGAUCUACCCUCCACCAUAGAAUACUUCCUAUUAUAACAGCAUAUAAAUGAACUAGCCUGGUCCCAUAUCUGUUUUGUCUUAUGGCUUAAUCUGUGUCCUUUAUGUUUUAGAAGACAAAUGGGUUCGGGGUUCAUUAGGGGCGAUGUCAAAUGUUUUAAACUGGAACAUUAAAUGAGUGUUCGUUAUUGGACAAGUCAGUAAAAUCUUUGAAAUUGUUGCAUGUUGCGUUUAUUUACAUUUACAUUUACAUUUUAGUCAUUUAGCAGACGCUCUUAUCCAGAGUUAGUGAGUGCAUACAUUUUCAUACUGGCCCCCCGUGGGAAACGAACCCACAACCCUGGCGUUGCAAGCGCCAUGCUCUACCAACUGAGCUACAGGGGACAGUUUAUAUUUUUGUUCAAUAUGUAUUUCAAAUCUACCAUAGACAUACAUAAUAUACACACACAGGAGUCAGCUCAGACAGAUCCAGCUCAGAGAGGCCCAGCUCAGAGAGGCCCAGCUCAGACAGAUCCAGCUCAGAGAGGCCCAGCUCAGAUCCAGCUCAGAGAGGCCCAGCUCAGAGAGGCCCAGCUCAGAGAGGCCCAGCUCAGAGAGGCCCAGCUCAGACAGAUCCAGCUCAGAGAGGCCCAGCUCAGAGAGGCCCAGCUCAGACAGAUCCAGCUCAGAGAGGCCCAGCUCAGACAGAUCCAGCUCAGAGAGGCCCAGCUCAGACAGAUCCAGCUCAGAGAGGCCCAGCUCAGACAGAUCCAGCUCAGAGAGGCCCAGCUCAGACAGAUCCAGCUCAGAGAGGCCCAGCUCAGAGAGGCCCAGCUCAGACAGAUCCAGCUCAGAGAGGCCCAGCUCAGAGAGGCCCAGCUCAGACAGAUCCAGCUCAGACAGAUCCAGCUCAGAGAGGCCCAGCUCAGACAGAUCCAGCUCAGACAGAUCCAGCUCAGACAGAUCCAGCUCAGACAGAUCCAGCUCAGAGAGGCCCAGCUCAGAGAGGCCCAGCUGAAGACAGAUCCAGCUCAGAGAGGCCCAGCUCAGACAGAUCCAGCUCAGAGAGGCCCAGCUCAGACAGAUCCAGCUCAGAGAGGCCCAGCUCAGACAGAUCCAGCUCAGAGAGGCCCAGCUCAGACAGAUCCAGCUCAGAGAGGCCCAGCUCAGAGAGGCCCGAGAGGCCCAGCUCAGAGAGGCCCAGCUCAGAGAGGCCCAGCUCAGAGAGGCCCAGCUCAGACAGAUCCAGCUCAGAGAGGCCCAGCUCAGACAGAUCCAGCUCAGACAGAUCCAGCUCAGAGAGGCCCAGCUCAGACAGAUCCAGCUCAGACAGAUCCAGCUCAGAGAGGCCCAGCUCAUGAACUCCAUCAGCAGCAGGUUUUUAAUUUAGAAUGGAAAAUGAAUGCGUUUAUACAUCAAAUGUUAGUGCAUCGAAUCGUAUCACAUCGAACCGAGUCGCAUUGAUUCAUUCUCUAAUCAAACUGAAAUCAUACCGAAUCGUUUCAAACUAAAAACUUAUCAUUCCUCUAUCGGAGCCCAUCCAGAUACGUAUCGAAUCGUCUCGAAAGGGAAAGAUGCACAUUCCUAGUAAUUACUUAUGAAUGACUUGGGCGUUAGUAACGCUAUUGUGAUGUCAUGGUGUAGUGGUGGUCACUGAUUGGCUGUUCCUCUGUCUGCAGGAAUCCAGUCAUCCAAUAAGAACUCUAGAUUCCCAGGGAGGAUGGACAGUUCUGUCCCGAUUGUGAACCAGAACCAAUCAACACAGCCACUGCAGCUGCAGCCUGCCAUGCUCACACAGGUACCGGGGGGGGGGGGGUGUGUGUGUGUGUGUGUGGGUGUGGGUGUGGGUGUGGGUGUGUGUGUGGGUGUGGGUGUGGGUGUGGGUGUGGGUGUGUGUGUGUGUGGGUGUGGGUGUGGGUGUGUGGGUGGGUGGGUGGGUGGGUGUGUGUGUGUGCUGGUUUCAGAACUCCAGUUCCUGCAGCUCAGAAGAAUCUAAGACCUAGUCAGGUUGAAAGGUUGUUGGAGUUGGGCUCAUGUCUCAUUUUCUCCACUCCCUAUCCGUGGAUCAUCAUCAUCAUCAUCACCUUGACGGUUCUAUUGUCCAACCCAGAUCUAUCUAACCUCAAUCAGUUCAGAAACACCUGCUUCCACAGGUCUAAAGGAAUGAGUGUUCAUCAAUCUAGGAAAAGAGUCUGCCAACUUAUUUAACCCUCCACACUUUCCUGCCUCAUCCCCCAUCCCCUCCCCUCCACCUCCCUCCCCCAGGGCUCCUGCACACCCCUGAUGGUGGCUACCCUCCACCCCCACCCCCCCACGGUAGCAGGCGUAGCCCCCCAGUACUCUGUUCCCCUGGGGCUGGGCUGUGAUGCUGGCCGCCCCACCUUGCUGGAGCACACUGCCACCGUGCUGGUAAAAGACACACACACACACACACACACACACACACACACACACACACACACACACACACACACACCCUUCAAUCCUCUUCUUCUCAUUCACUCCAAUUUCAAUCAUUUUCUCUGGGCUAUCUCUACUCUGACUAUCCCUGUCUCUUACCUCUGUCUCUAUCGAGCUAUCUCUACUCUGACUAUCCCUGUCAUUUACCUCUGUCUCUAUCGAGCUAUCUCUACUCUGACUAUCCCUGUCAUUUACCUCUGUCUCUAUCGAGCUAUCUCUACUCUGACUAUCCCUGUCAUUUACCUCUGUCUCUAUCGAGCUAUCUCUACUCUGACUAUCCCUGUCAUUUACCUCUGUCUCUAUCGAGCUAUCUCUACUCUGACUAUCCCUGUCAUUUACCUCUGUCUCUAUCGAGCUAUCUCUACUCUGACUAUCCCUGUCUCUUACCUCUGUCUCUAUCGAGCUAUCUCUACUCUGACUAUCCCUGUCAUUUACCUCUGUCUCUAUCGAGCUAUCUCUACUCUGACUAUCCCUGUCUCUUACCUCUGUCUCUAUCGAGCUAUCUCUACUCUGACUAUCCCUGUCUCUUACCUCUGUCUCUAUCGAGGUAUCUCUACUCUGACUAUCCUGUCUCUUACCUCUGUCUCUAUCGAGCUAUCUCUACUCUGACUAUCCCUGUCUCUUACCUCUGUCUCUAUCGAGCUAUCUCUACUCUGACUAUCCCUGUCUCUUACCUCUGUCUCUAUCGAGCUAUCUCUACUCUGACUAUCCCUGUCUCUUACCUCUGUCUCUAUCGAGCUAUCUCUACUCUGACUAUCCCUGUCUCUUACCUCUGUCUCUAUCGAGCUAUCUCUACUCUGACUAUCCCUGUCUCUUACCUCUGUCUCUAUCGAGCUAUCUCUACUCGGACUAUCCCUGUCAUUUACCUCUGUCUCUAUCGAGCUAUCUCUACUCUGACUAUCCCUGUCAUUUACCGCUGUCUCUAUCGAGCUAUCUCUACUCUGACUAUCCCUGUCAUUUACCUCUGUCUCUAUCGAGCUAUCUCUACUCUGACUAUCCCUGUCAUUUACCUCUUGUCUCUAUCGAGCUAUCUCUACUCUGACUAUCCCUGUCAUUUACCUCUGUCUCUAUCGAGCUAUCUCUACUCUGACUAUCCCUGUCUCUUACCUCUGUCUCUAUCGAGCUAUCUCUACUCUGACUAUCCCUGUCUCUUACCUCUGUCUCUAUCGAGCUAUCUCUACUCUGACUAUCCCUGUCAUUUACCUCUGUCUCUAUCGAGCUAUCUCUACUCUGACUAUCCCUGUCUCUUACCUCUGUCUCUAUCGAGCUAUCUCUACUCUGACUAUCCCUGUCAUUUACCUCUGUCUCUAUCGAGCUAUCUCUACUCUGACUAUCCCUGUCAUUUACCUCUGUCUCUAUCGAGCUAUCUCUACUCUGACUAUCCCUGUCAUUUACCUCUGUCUCUAUCGAGCUAUCUCUACUCUGACUAUCCCUGUCAUUUACCUCUUGUCUCUAUCGAGCUAUCUCUACUCUGACUAUCCCUGUCAUUUACCUCUGUCUCUAUCGAGCUAUCUCUACUCUGACUAUCCCUGUCAUUUACCUCUGUCUCUAUCGAGCUAUCUCUACUCUGACUAUCCCUGUCAUUUACCUCUGUCUCUAUCGAGCUAUCUCUACUCUGACUAUCCCUGUCAUUUACCUCUGUCUCUAUCGAGCUAUCUCUACUCUGACUAUCCCUGUCAUUUACCUCUGUCUCUAUCGAGCUAUCUCUACUCUGACUAUCCCUGUCAUUUACCUCUGUCUCUAUCGAGCUAUCUCUACUCUGACUAUCCCUGUCAUUUACCUCUGUCUCUAUCGAGCUAUCUCUACUCUGACUAUCCCUGUCAUUUACCUCUGUCUCUAUCGAGCUAUCUCUACUCUGACUAUCCCUGUCAUUUACCUCUGUCUCUAUCGAGCUAUCUCUACUCUGACUAUCCCUGUCAUUUACCUCUGUCUCUAUCGAGCUAUCUCUACUCUGACUAUCCCUGUCAUUUACCUCUGUCUCUAUCGAGCUAUCUCUACUCUGACUAUCCCUGUCAUUUACCUCUGUCUCUAUCGAGCUAUCUCUACUCUGACUAUCCCUGUCAUUUACCUCUGUCUCUAUCGAGCUAUCUCUACUCUGACUAUCCCUGUCAUUUACCUCUGUCUCUAUCGAGCUAUCUCUACUCUGACUAUCCCUGUCAUUUACCUCUGUCUCUAUCGAGCUAUCUCUACUCUGACUAUCCCUGUCAUUUACCUCUGUCUCUAUCGAGCUAUCUCUACUCUGACUAUCCGAUCGAGCUAUCUCUACUCUGACUAUCCCUGUCAUUUACCUCGGUCUCUAUCGAGCUAUCUCUACUCUGACUAUCCCUGUCAUUUACCUCUGUCUCUAUCGAGCUAUCUCUACUCUGACUAUCCCUGUCAUUUACCUCUGUCUCUAUCGAGCUAUCUCUACUCUGACUAUCCCUGUCAUUUACCUCUGUCUCUAUCGAGCUAUCUCUACUCUGACUAUCCCUGUCAUUUACCUCGGUCUCUAUCGAGCUAUCUCUACUCUGACUAUCCCUGUCAUUUACCUCUGUCUCUAUCGAGCUAUCUCUACUCUGACUAUCCCUGUCAUUUACCUCUGUCUCUAUCGAGCUAUCUCUACUCUGACUAUCCCUGUCAUUUACCUCUGUCUCUAUCGAGCUAUCUCUACUCUGACUAUCCCUGUCAUUUACCUCUGUCUCUAUCGAGCUAUCUCUACUCUGACUAUCCCUGUCUCUUACCUCUUUCGCUCUCUCACUGUCUCUGUUUCCUUUUUCUCAGUCUGUCACUUCCUCUCUCUGCCGCGCACACACCCCCUUCCUCCUCUCUCUGUAGUUCGACUGUCCUGAGGGCAUGGAGGCAUGAUGACUGACUGACUGACUGACUGACUGACUGACUGACUGACUGACUGACCGCGCUUUACUUCCUCCCCUCUCUGUAGUUCUACUGUCCUGAGGGCAUGGAGGCAUGAUGACUGACUGACUGACUGACUGACUGACUGACCGCGCUUUACUUGAAGCCUCCUCUCGUUGCUUGUUCCCCCUCGCCCCUCCUUCCUAGAGGAGACACCAGCUAAGACACAUCUUUCCUUAACAGCUCGAGCCAUUCUUCUCCUCUCCUUUCAGUAUUGGCACCGUGAUGAGAAGGUUCUAGCAAGUGUAUCCCUCCGUCCGUCCUCUCUUGUUGGAUGUAGUUGUCCAGUUUAUCAGGUCCCAGGCUGCAGCCAGAUAGCUAGCUCUCUCUCUCUCUCUCUCUCUCUCUCUCUCUCUCUCUCUCUCUCUCUCUCUCUCUCUCUCUCUCUCUCUCUCUCUCUCUCUCUCUCUCUCUCUCUCUCUCUCUCUCUCUCUCUCUCUUUCUCACAGUCUCUCUGUCUCUCUCGCUCUCUCUCUCUCUCUCUCUCUCUCUCUUUCUCACAGUCUCUCUCUCUCUCUCUCUCUCUCUCUCUCUCUCUUUGCCUCAUCAGUAACUAACUCACCUCUCUCCAAGUUUCUAGUUUUAUUAGUCGUAUGUACACAUGGUAUACAUCGUCCAACCAAAUGCUUACUUACAGGUUCCUUCUGGACAAUGCAACAACAAUAAGACAUAGAUAAUAAUACUACAAGAUGAGAAUAGGAAUAUAAAGGAAAUGGCUCAGUAGAAUAGAAUGAACAUUUUACCAUCAGUAUAAAACAGGAAGGAACCAUUUAUAGUCCAAUAUUUACAUGUGUAUUGGGGAAGGGGGGGAUUGGUGUUUAUAUUGUGCAGUAUUUAGCAAUCAUAAUAAGAGUCUGGUAUUUCUAUUUAUUAAGGAUCCCCAUUAGUUCCUGCCAAGGCAGCAGCUACUCUUCCUGGGGUCCAGCAACAUUAAGGCAGUUAUAUACAAUUUAAAAUAUUACAUUACAUUACAUUUCAGAACACUUUUCACAACCCAUUGUGUUCCCUCAAGCCACUGCUCUACUACCACAUAUCUACAAUACAAAAUCCAUGUGUACGUGUGUGUAGAGUGUGUGUCUUAUCAUGUGUAUGUGUGUGUCUGUAACUGUGUGUGUGUGUGUCUCUUCACAGUCCCCGCUGUUCCAUAAGGUGUGUUUUUUAACUGUUUUUUAAAUCAGAUUCUACUGCUUGCAUCAGUUACCUGAUGUGGAAUAGAGUUCCAUGUAGUCAUGGCUCUAUGUAGUACUGUGCGCCUCCCAUAGUCUGUUCUGGACUUGGGGACUGUGAAGAGACCUCUGGUGGAAUGUCUUGUGGGGUAUGCGUGGGUGUUCAGCAUGUCAAUACUUAUUACAAAAACAAGUAGUGAUGAAGUUAAUCUCUCCUCCACUUUGAGCCAGGAGAGAUUGACAUGCAUCUUAUCAAUGUUAGCUCUCCGUGUACAUUUAAGGGCCAGCCGUGCUGCCCUGUCCUGAGCCAAUUAAAACUUUCCUAAGUGCCUCUAUGUGGCACCUGACCACACGACUGGACAGUAGUCCAGGUGUGACAAAACUAGGGCCUGUAGGACCUGCCUUGUUGAUAGUGCUGUUAAGAAGGCAGAGCAGCGCUUUACUAUCUGGCUUCUUCACCUGCGGGAUCUUCUGAGACCAGCCACCGGACAAAUGAGGAAACUGUGGGUUUGCAUAACUGAAGAAUUUCUGCACAAACUGUCAGAAACCGUCUCAGGGAAGCUCAUCUGCGUGCUCGUCGUCCACACCAGGGUCAUGACCUGACUGUAGUUCGGCGUCGUAAGCGACUUCAGUGGGCAAAUGCUCACCUUCGAUGGCCACUGGCACACUGGAGAAGUGUGCUCUUCACGGAUAAAUCCCAGGUUUCAACUGUACCGGGCAGAUGGCAGACACCGUGUAUGGCAUCGUGUGGGUACGCGGUUUGCUGAUGUCAACGUUGUCAACAGAGCGCACCAUUGUGGCGGUGGGGUUAUGGUAUGGGCAUGCAUAAGCUACGGACAAUGAACACAAGUGCAUUUUAUCGAUGGUAAUUUGAAUGCACAGAGAUACCGUGACGAGAUCCUGAGGCCCAUUGUCGUGCCAUUCAUCCGCCGCCAUCACCUCAUGUUUCAGCAUGAUAAUGCUCAGCCCCAUGACGCAAGGAUCUGUACGCAAUUAGUGGAAGCUGAAAAUGUCCCAGUUCUUCCAUGGCCUGCAUACUCACCAGACAUGUCACCAAUGGAGCAUGUUUGGCAUGCUCUGGAUCGACGUGUACAACAGCAUGUUCCAGUUCCCGCCAAUAUCCAGCAACUUCGCACAGCAAUUGAAGAGGAGUGGGACAAAAUUCCACAGGACACAAUCAACAGCCUGAAGGAGAUGUCACACUGCAUGAGGCAAAUGGUGGUCACACCAGAUACUGACUGGUUUUCUGAUCCACGCCCCUACAUCUGUGACCAACAGAUGCAUAUCUGUAUUCCCAGUCAUGUGAAAUCCAUAGAUUUAGGGCCUAAUUUAUUUAUUUCAAUUGACUGAUUUCCUUAUAUGAACUGUAACUCAGUAAAAUCUUUGAAAUUGUUGCAUGUUGCGUUUUAUAUUUUUGUUCAGUGUAUUUACCCAAGAGAGCAUAUAGCUAGCUACAUCUAUGGGCUUUUAUGAUUUCUGUAGUGCGUAAUGUCUUGGAUAACGACAUAAUCAUUUGGGCUUUUUUGAUCUUGGGCUCCUUAAACGUCGUUAAUGUAAUAAAAUCAAGCUCAGGUGGCAUCAGGCUUGAAUUUUCGAUUCAAACCUCUAAUCAAAUCCAGACAUAGGCCUAUUUGUAUGCUUUAUAAUGCUUUUGAAUGACACUUCUGGUUUUGGCGGGAAAUACCGGGUUACCCGGGAGAAAGGUGAUUUGUUCUCGGGAUGGAACAUUUGUAAAAUACAGGGAAAAUAUUCAACCCUAUUCCUGACAUUGAUCACUAGCUCCAGCUUUACUCAUUGGCUCUUUUGGACAAUGACUUUAUGAUCAGAGUUGGCGCUGCUUUCAUGUGAUGAUAUUACAGAUAUACACUGGAAUUAAUGCUAAAUGGUUUCUGUCUGUGUGUGUUUGUGUUUGUGUGUGUGUGUGUGUGUGUGUGUGUGUGUGUGGCGUGCGUGCGUGCGUGUGUGCGUGUUCCCUGUGGCAGGCUUGGCCCGCCGGCACCCAGCAGAUCCUCAUACCAUCGUCAUGGCAGCAGGUUCCUGGAGUGGCCGUCCACGGCUCCGCCCACCAGACGGUUGUCGCGGAGUCUCCCUUAGAGACGCUCCUUCCGGACACAGCCCAGCAGACAAACAGCUGGAGGUAUGGUUAUCACCAUGGUUACAUAGCAGUCUGUCAGAAUAGACCUCUUAUAUAAGAGAACAGAAGUCAGUCCAUCAAAAUGAUUAUUCUUACCCCCAGAUCACAUCACGGUGUAACUAUCCCAGAAAAGAGAAGCAAAAAUGUGUACAAAUUAUUGAGCGUUCACUUGUCUGUCCGGAGUGCCGGAUGGGCUGGGUUUGCGGUUUUGGGACUUUUCUAUUGGUUUAUUAAGCCAGGCAAGCUUGCAGGCAUAGAUCAAGUAUUUGUAACCCAGGUCUGAAGAAAAGCAGGGGUACUCAGCUGUGUGUGGUGUGUGUGUAGGGGGUCUCGGUACAGCGGAGUACUGCAGCAGAGUCAAUCGAACUUUGACCCUAGCCGGGGUCAGGCCACCCAGAGGUCACAGCAGGAGAGGAGUGGAGUGGGGAAGAGGGCCAAGGGUCGCCGCGGCAACAACAGAACCACCAGGUACAACUGACUGGAAGAGGAAGACUAUAGAUGGAUAGUGGCAUAUCAACUAGUAACAGUUAUCAACUAUAUAGUUACAGUUAUCAACUAGUAACAGUUAUCAACUAUAUAGUAACAGUUAUCAACUAGUAACAGUUAUCAACUAUAUAGUAACAGUUAUCAACUAGUAACAGUUAUCAACUAAAUAGUUACAGUUAUCAACUAGUAACAGUUCUCAACUAAAUAGUUACAGUUAUCAACUAGUAACAGUUAUCAACUAUAUAGUAACAGUUAUCAACUAGUAACAGUUAUCAACUAUAUAGUAACAGUUAUCAACUAGUAACAGUUAUCAACUAAAUAGUUACAGUUAUCAACUAGUAACAGUUAUCAACUAUAUAGUAACAGUUAUCAACUAGUAACAGUUAUCAACUAUAUAGUUACAGUUAUCAACUAAAUAGUUACAGUUAUCAACUAGUAACAGUUAUCAACUAGUUACAGUUAUCAACUAUAUAGUUACAGUUAUCAACUAGUAACAGUUAUCAACUAUAUAGUUACAGUUAUCAACUAAAUAGUUACAGUUAUCAACUAGUAACAGUUAUCAACUAAAUAGUUACAGUUAUCAACUAGUAACAGUUAUCAAUUAGUAACAGUUAUCAACUAAAUAGUUACAGUUAUCAACUAAAUAGUUAGUUAUCAACUAUAUAGUUACAGUUAUCAACUAGUAACAGUUAUCAACUAAAUAGGUACAGCUAUCAACUAGUAACAGUUAUCAACUAAAUAGUUACAGUUAUCAACUAGUAACAGUUAUCAACUAGUAACAGUUAUCAACUAAAUAGUUACAGUUAUCAACUAUAUAGUUACAGUUAUCAACUAGUAACAGUUAUCAACUAAAUAGUAACAGUUAUCAACUAGUUACAGUUAUCAACUAUAUAGUAACAGUUAUCAACUAGUAACAGUUAUCAACUAAAUAGUUACAGUUAUCAACUAGUAACAGUUAUCAACUAAAUAGUUACAGUUAUCAACUAUAUAGUUACAGUUAUCAACUAUAUAGUUACAGUUAUCAACUAGUAACAGUUAUCAACUAAAUAGUUACAGUUAUCAACUAUAUAGUUACAGUUAUCAACUAGUAACAGUUAUCAACUAAAUAGUUACAGUUAUCAACUAAAUAGUUACAGUUAUCAACUAUAUAGUUACAGUUAUCAACUAGUAACAGUUAUCAACUAAAUAGUAACAGUUAUCAACUAGUUACAGUUAUCAACUAUAUAGUAACAGUUAUCAACUAGUAACAGUUAUCAACUAAAUAGUUACAGUUAUCAACUAGUAACAGUUAUCAACUAAAUAGUUACAGUUAUCAACUAAAUAGUUACAGUUAUCAACUAUAUAGUUACAGUUAUCAACUAGUAACAGUUAUCAACUAAAUAGUUAGUUAUCAACUAGUCACAGUUAUCAACUAAAUAGUUACAGUUAUCAACUAGUAACAGUUAUCAACUAAAUAGUUACAGUUAUCAACUAUAUAGUUACAGUUAUCAACUAGUAACAGUUAUCAACUAAAUAGUAACAGUUAUCAACUAGUUACAGUUAUCAACUAUAUAGUAACAGUUAUCAACUAGUAACAGUUAUCAACUAAAUAGUUACAGUUAUCAACUAGUAACAGUUAUCAACUAAAUAGUUACAGUUAUCAACUAGUAACAGUUAUCAACUAGUAACAGUUAUCAACUAAAUAGUUACAGUUAUCAACUAUAUAGUUACAGUUAUCAACUAGUAACAGUUAUCAACUAAAUAGUAACAGUUAUCAACUAGUAACAGUUAUCAACUAUAUAGUAACAGUUAUCAACUAGUAACAGUUAUCAACUAAAUAGUUACAGUUAUCAACUAGUAACAGUUAUCAACUAAAUAGUUACAGUUAUCAACUAGUAACAGUUAUCAACUAGUAACAGUUAUCAACUAAAUAGUUACAGUUAUCAACUAUAUAGUUACAGUUAUCAACUAGUAACAGUUAUCAACUAAAUAGUUACAGUUAUCAACUAGUAACAGUUAUCAACUAAAUAGUUACAGUUAUCAACUAGUAACAGUUAUCAACUAAAUAGUUACAGUUAUCAACUAGUAACAGUUAUUAACUAGUUACAGUAAUCAACUAAAUAGUUACAGUUAUCAACUAUAUCGUUACAGUUAUCAACUAUAUAAUAACAGUUAUCAACUAAAUAGUUACAGUUAUCAACUAGUAACAGUUAUUAACUAGUUACAGUUAUCAACUAAAUAGUUACAGUUAUCAACUAGUAACAGUUAUCAAAUAGUUACAGUAAUCAACUAAAUAGUUAGUUAUCAACUAUAUAGUUACAGUUAUCAACUAGUAACAGUUAUCAACUAGUUACAGUUAUCAACUAAAUAGUUACAGUUAUCAACUAGUAACAGUUAUCAAAUAGUUACAGUUAUCAACUAGUAACAGUUAUCAAAUAGUUACAGUUAUCAACUAAAUAGUUAGUUAUCAACUAUAUAAUAACAGUUAUCAACUAAAUAGUUACAGUUAUCAACUAGUAACAGUUAUCAAAUAGUUACAGUUAUCAACUAAAUAGUUACAGUUAUCAACUAUAUAAUAACAGUUAUCAACUAAAUAGUUACAGUUAUCAACUAGUAACAGUUAUUAACUAGUUACAGUAAUCAACUAAAUAGUUACAGUUAUCAACUAUAUAGUUACAGUUAUCAACUAGUAACAGUUAUCAACUAGUUACAGUUAUCAACUAGUUACAGUUAUCAACUAUAUAGUUACAGUUAUCAACUAGUAACAGUUAUCAACUAGUUACAGUUAUCAACUAUAUAGUUACAGUUAUCAACUAGUAACAGUUAUCAACUAUAUAGUUACAGUUAUCAACUAUAUAAUUACAGUUAUCAGCUAAAUAGUUACAGUUAUCAACUAUAUAAUUACAGUUAUCAACUAUAUAGUUACAGUUAUCAACUAGUAACAGUUAUUAACUAGUAACAGUUAUCAACUAUAUAGUUACAGUUAUCAACUAAAUAGUUAGUUAUCAACUAGUAACAGUUAUCAACUAGUAACAGUUAUCAACUAGUUAGUUAUCAACUAGUUACAGUUAUCAACUAUAUACAGUGAGGGAAAAAAGUAUUUGAUCCCCUGCUGAUUUUGUACGUUUGCCCACUGACAAAUAAAUUAUCAGUCUAUCAUUUUAAUGGUAGGUUUAUUUGAACAGUGAGAGACAGAAUAACAACAAAAAUAUCCAGAAAGACGCAUGUCAAAAAUGUUAUAAAUUGAUUUGCUAGUUACAAUUAUCAACUAGUUACAGUUAUCAGUUAUCAAUUAGUUAGUUAUCAAUUAGUUACAGUUAUCAACUAGUUACAGUUAGCUGGUUAGGCUCAUCAACUAGUUACAUCUACUAGCAACAGUUAGCUGGUAAAGUUAGGUUUUCAGGGGCUCCCCUUAGAAAGGCGUGUGUUUUUUGCUCACUGAUGGAAAUGUUUUGACCAUUACUCUGCCUGGAAAUGUGAAUAGAAAAUCAGGAUCGGUAACCAAGUGUGUAACUAAGUACGUUUCUUAUCCCUGCGUGUGUGUGUGUAUCUAGGGGUGUGUCCGGUGUGUCGCUGCUCACCAACGCCAUGCUGACUCCGCCCACCUGCAGUGUGGCAGCUCUCUCUCAGCCAAUCAUCAUCUCAGACACGCCCAGCCCGGCGGUCAGCGUCAUAACCAUCCACAGCGACUCAGACGAGGAAGACGAGAGGAAGUUCCACCCCGCCAGGUGAGGUCAUUUCCUGUGUCUGUUCUCCUUUUCAAUCACAAACAACUGUUCGUUUUAUGUGGACAGUCCCCUAUAGAUGGUUUGCAGAUUAUAAAACGAACAACUAGCCUAACUAAUCUCUGUUGAUAUGCAACAAUUUCACUGACUUACUUGAAUUAAACCCCUUAACUCAGUGAGGAGCAUAGGUAAUCCACAAAUGAUGGUAAAACAAUUACUAAAGUUUUCUUAAAACAGAUGAAAAUUGACUAGAAUUGAUCAUCCUAUCCACCACCAUCUACCAUCUGUAUUUCUGUUGUUCCUAUGAAUCUAAUGUACACUACCAGUCAAAAGUUUGGACACCUACUCAUUCAAGGGUUUUUCUUCAUUUGUACUAUAUUUUACAUUGUAGAAUAAUAGUGAAGACAUCAAAACUAUGAAAUAACACAUAUGGAAUCAUGUAGUAACCAAAAAAGUGUUAAACAAAUCAAAAUAUAUUUUAUAUUUGAGAUUCUUCAAAUAGCCACCCUUUGCCUUGAUGACAGCUUUGCACACUCUUGGCAUUCUCUCAAUCAGCUUCAUGAGGUAGUCACCUAACAGGUUAACAGGUGUGCCUUCUUAAAAGUACAUUUGUGGGAUUUCUUUCCUUCUUAAUGUGUUUGAGCCAAUCACUCUCCUUCUUGGUAAAAUAGCCCUUACACAGCCUGGGGGAGUGUUGGGUCAUUGUCCUGUUGAAAAACAAAUGAUAGUCUCACUAAGCCCAAACCAGAUGGGAUGGCGUAUCGCUGCAGAAUGCUGUGGUAGCCAUGCUGGUUAAGUGUGCCUUGAAUUCUAAAUAAAUCACAUACAGUGUCACCAGCAAAGCACCCCCACACCAUAACACCACCUCCUCCACGCUUUACGGUGGGAAAUACACAUGCGGAGAUCAUCCAUACACCCACACUGCGUCUCACAAAGACACGGCGGAUUGAACCAAAAAUCUCAAAUUUGGACUCCAGACCAAAGGACACAUUUCCACUGGUCUAAUGUCCUUUGCUCGUGUUUCUUGGCCCAAGCAAGUCUCUUUUUCUUAUUGGUGUCCUUUAGUAGUGGUUUCUUUGCAGCAAUUCGACCAUGAAGGCCUGAUUCACACAGUCCCCUCUGAACAGUUGCUGUUGAGAUGUGUCUGUUACUUGGACUCUGUGAAGCAUUUAUUUGGGCUGCAAUUUCUGAGGCUGGUAACACUAAUGAACUUAUCCUCUGCAGCAGAGGUAACUCUGGGUCUUCCAUUCUUGUGGCGGUCCUCAUGAGAGCCAGUUUCAUCAUAGCGCUUGAUGGUUUUUGCGACUGCACUUGAAGAAACUUUCAAAGUUCUUGAAAUGUUCCAUAUUGACUGACCUUCAUGUCUUAAAGUAAUGAUGGACUGUCGUUUCUCUUUGCUUAUUUGAGCUGUUCUUGCCAUAAUAUGGACUUAGACCUAUUUGGUAAAAGACCAUCUUCUGUAUACCAAUCCUACCUUGUCACAACACCACUGAUUGGCUCAAACGCAUUAAGAAGGAAAUAAAUUCCACAAAUUAACUUUUAACAAGGCACACCUGUUUAAUUGAAAUGCAUUCCAGGUGACUGCCUCAUGAAGCUGGUUGAGAGAAUGCCAAGAGUGUGCAAAGCUGUCAUCAAGGCAAAGGGUGGCUACUUUGAAGAAUCUGAAAUAUAACAUAUAUUUUGAUUUGUUUAACACUUUUUUGGUUACUACAUGAUUCCAUAUGUGUUAUUUCAUAGUUUUGAUGUCAUCACUAUUAUUCUACAAUGUAAAAAAAAAAAAAAAUCUAUAAAGAAAAACCCUUGAAUGAGUAGGCGUGUCCAAACUUUUGACUGGUAUUGUAUGUCUCUAAUGUAUGAAUCUAAUGUAUGAAUCUAAUGUAUGUCUCUAAUGUAUGAAUCUAAUGUAUGAAUCUCUAAUGUAUGAAUCUAAUGUAUGAAUCUCUAAUGUAUGAAUCUAAUGUAUGAAUCUCUGUGUGUCUGUUUAACAGCUGUGGUCCGGCUCAGAGGACUAACGUGAUCAGCUGUUUGACGGUCCACGACUCUGACUCCCCCACGGCCAGACCCUUCACCCCCCGCCCCCUCGCCGGGUCCCGCAAUCACACACACCUCCCUGGGGGAGGGAUGUCUAGGGGCAAGUCUCUGGCCGUGGUCGCACCGUCUGUCAAGACCCAGUCGACUGAGACGGGUGAGGGGGCUCACACACGUCUAACGCACGCAUGCAAUCAUGUCUAAUACACUCUCAAACACACGACACACACACACACACACACACACACACACACACGACACACACACACACACACAGGACAUACUAGUGUUGCACCGUAUACCGAAACGUAGUUACUUUUUCGAUACUAGAACAUGUAAAACGGUUCGGUACUAGAAUGUGUUGCUUUCGGUACGCCUACUUCUGCCAGAUGUGUCUCAGGGAUCAAGUGCACCCUGCCUGCUCCACUUACUCACUGCUAGCCUGCACUGGGAGUCUGGGGUGCAUCAUGUUAGCUCCCCACUCACGCUGCACAGAAGUUAACACACUUGAAUAAUGUCACACGGCAUGUAGAAAUGUUGAAACUGUUCAUUACUGUUCGCAAAACAAUGUCCAUACAGGCUACUACAUUUUACAAUGGAAGAAGAUACCUUUAUCUUCCAGCUUUGUAGGCUAACUUUCCUUGCUAGCCGACAGCUAAAGCUAACAUCAAUUCACUACCCUAGUACUCUGUUUGUGAUAAAUCAAAUCAAAUCAAAUGUUAUUGGCCACAUGCGCCGAAUACAACAGGUGCAGACAUUACAGUGAAAUGCUUACUUACAGCCCUUAACCAACAGUGCAUUUAUUUUUAAUAAAAAAGUAAAAUAAAACAACAACAAAAAAGGGUUGAGAAAAAAAGAGCAGAAGUAAAAUAAAAUAACAGUAGGGAGGCUAUAUAUACAGGGGGGGUACCGGUGCAGAGUCAAUGUGCGGGGGCACCGGCUAGUUGAGGUAGUUGAAGUAAUAUGUACAUGUGGGUAGAGUUAAAGUGACUAUGCAUAAAUAAUUAACAGAGUAGCAGCAGUGCAAAAAGAUGGGGUGGGGGGGGCAGUGCAAAUAGUCCGGGUAGCUAUGAUUAGCUGUUCAGGAGUCUUAUGGCUUGGGGGUAAAAGCUGUUGAGAAGCCUUUUGGACCUAGACUUGGCGCUCCGGUACCGCUUGCCGUGCGGUAGCAGAGAGAACAGUCUAUGACUAGGGCGGCUGGAGUCUUUGACAAUUUUGAGGGCCUUCCUCUGACACCGCCUGGUAUAGAGGUCCUGGAUGGCAGGAAGCUUGGCCCCAGUGAUGGACUAUGCAAAUCAUAAGGCAAAAUAUGCUAAUUUCGAAGCUGAUUGCCACCAACAACUUUAUUAAUUAACUUAUUCGGUCUCUCUCACUUAUCUCCCAAAGAUGAUCUAUUGCCUCAGCGAACUGACUGCCUCGUGAAUGACAUCAUUACUGGUUAAAGAGACAGCGCACAUUUUUAUAACAAAAGCUACUUUUAUUCCAAAUGUUGUUGAUCAGUACGUUAAAAUAAGUUCCAAAUGGAAGGGAAACAGAUUGUUUUUCAUCUGUAGCCACACGAACUCAGCCAAAACAAGCUCAAUAACUCAAUGCAUGCACACUCCUAUUGAAUAUGCAUUCACCUGUAUAGUGGAUAGUCUUAGGCUACAUCUGGAUUUACCCAGUUUAUCAAUAGAGAUUUAAAUUAUUACCAUUACGUUGUUAAAUUGGUUAAAACAAAGUCAAAUUGAUUGUAUAAUUGAUUAAUUAAUGCACACAUGACUGUCUCUGAAAAAUUGUUAUGUAAAAAAUAAAAAAAUGCUAAUGUUGUGAUAUUGAACUUAAAAGAUGCCCAACGAUUGAACAGAGCAGUAGCUGAGUUUAUCUGUCUGGCUCAAGUGCCAUUCUGUGACUUUGGCUAAUAUGCCAUCUUUAUUUGCCGUAGUUUUUGGUAUCGUGUAUCGUGACGGUAUUGAGUAUUGUGACACUAAACCUGGUAUCAGUAUCGAAGUCAAAAUUCUGGUAUCGUGACAACACUAGGACAUACCCACAGAGCUCUGUACGUUUUAGAAUCACAAAUACAGUAUACAGAAGUACAGAAUGCUUUAAAACCAGUUGAGUGUUUUGAUAAAGGCUGUUGUUUCUAACCAUGUCUCUCUGUCUCUUUCUGGUUGGUUUCCAGGGCAACUCCAGAGCUCCUACAUCAAGCCCAAGCGGGCCAAUCGGCAGACCUGUAGUGGUGACAGCAGCGACCGCCAUAGGCUAGUCCCCAGCCAAUCACAUCCUCUCAACCUCAGCCAGGUGAGUCGGCCAGCCAAUAGUAUCCUCUCUUACUAGCAGGUGUGCCCCAGGCCACUGUGACACGUUACAGAACAUUCAGAUAGAAAUGGAUUGUGAAAAACAGUUGAUUGUCUAUUUUAAUUUUUAAACAAUGCUGUAAGAUUUGUCCUAUGUUUAAACAGGUUAUUUUCAUUGAGAUAUUUGGAAAAAUACAUGUUCUGAUGCAGUGUCUGUCUGUCUGUCUCUCUUUCUCCAGGUACAGCCUAUAGUCUCCUCGUCGUCUCAGGACCGUUCCCACGGCAACCUGCGUCGCCAGGCAACCUACCCCCCUAGCCCCGCCUCCCACUACACCUUUCAGGAAGUGCCCUCCCUAAGCACCGCCUCCAGCCUCUACACCUUCCCCGCCUCCGCCGCGCUAGCCUCCGCCUCUCAUGCCAUGGAACAGCUUCUGGGGCGUGGCCACCCCACCCCUUCCACCGACGCCCCUCCCACCGUCUCUUACGGAGCCUCGGGAUUGGCCCGGAGGGACGCAGGGACCAGGAAGGAGUCUUCGGUGGGGUCAGGGAUGAUCCAUGGGGUGGGGCUUCCUGCAACCUAUCAGCACCAGUUUACUGCUGGGCCCCCUUACAUUAGUGUGAGGCCCCGGGCUGAGGCCUACAGCGCAUACCAGCUCAGCCCUCGACGGUUGGGACAGUAUCCCUACUUAUGA